AUGACAGUUUGUUCAGUGAAUUCAAAAAGCGGCACCGUCGCGGUUUUUUUUCGAUUCGAUGGCUGACCGUUUUCUUCAUCUGAAAUUAUUGUGAUUUUUAUAAAGAAUUUUUGCGUUGUUAAUGGAGACAGGAGUGAAAUACUACAGACAUGAACAGAACCAUCAGUAUGAAGCGACUAAACACGCCAUCCAGUUCGGCAAAUGUGGGCGCAGCGGAGGAACAGUUGGAUGCAGCGAUAUUCCAUUGUUUGACGGUGCUCUCCAAGCGGAAUCCACCAUCGGAACAAUUUCGAGCCGUGUUCGCCAAGGGAAUGUUCCUGAAGCCGAACACCAAGGCGUUUAUUCACGUUCUGCACUUCCUGUUUAAUGUGUACGACGCCAAGGAGUUUCGGAAGCGGUUCUACUGGCCUAUUUUCGACAAGAAUGCGGAAAGUGCCUUCCGUAGUUCAACCGUGGAGUAUGUGAAUAACUUGGUUGAACGAGGAAAGCUGGAUAUGGAAAAGAUCAAGGCUCACACGGUGGUUCUUCCGGGCGGGUUGAAGUUCAUGAAGUUUUUGUUGGUGCUGAUCAAGUUUGUAACGAAGGAAGAACUGAGACGAACUGGUGUGCAAACUGGAGGCAAGAUAAUCUGCAAAAUUAAUGUAGUGCAGCUCUUGGAACAUCAUCAAGAAUGGGAGGAUGUUGGGACGAAAAUUCGGGAAGCCAUCCAAAAAGACGUUGGUGUAAUUCAAAGCAGAAUUCAAGGAAUAGAUGAAUGGCUUGAAAACUUGUUCGCUGAAUGCCAAGGACCAGCAAAACAAAUGAGUUACGAAAAGCUGAUCGAACUAUGGGGAACAAUCAACAGGAAACGAUUCGAAGAAACUGAAUCCAAGCGGAAACGACUACAGGAAAUUACGACUGAAUACAACAAAGUUAUUGUGACGGCCAAAAGAAAGCUUGAGCCAAAGGAGCUUGUACUGGGAAUCAAGGAAGAUGAACUCAAGGAGACGUUAUAUCGUUUGGAAGUUCUGUUCCCCGAUAAUGCCUGCCACUUUCGAGAAGUGUUCGAUGAGAAUGGGAAGAUUGACGCUGUAAAAAUGUUUGAAAUUUUGAUAUUUCUUGUUCCGGAUAUAAACCAGAACUUGUCAGGAUUUUCUGUUCGCAGCAUUGAGUCGCUCAAGUUUGAAUUGAAAGAACUCUCCAAAGUUGUCGUAAAAUCCGAUAGUAUAUGCCACGAAUUAGCAUCAUUGCGAAGAAGUUUGCCAUUUGGAGAUGCGAGAUUUCAGGAACUGCAAAAACAAAAUCAAGCUGAUGAGUUGAACGCUGAUCUUGGAAUCAGGAACAAAAUCUUCAAUACUCCGCCAAUCACUCUCAACUUUCAAGAUGACUGCGAACCAGGCAGUCGACCAAUAUCUAAAAGAAAUCGGCUUGCUCUACUGGAUGAUGAUCAAAUUCAUCAGAUGAAUCUCCGGAUGCGACUUCUAUCAUCUAGCUUUUGUCAUCAGUUGCCCAAAACCCCUCGUUCCGCUAAGAAACCCAAGGUAGCCCCUGCAAGCCCAGGCAACGUGUUUGCCGUUCCAAAACCUGCGCGCAAGGAAAAAAUGAACCCUCUCUCAAUGUUAAACAAAAUAACAGCGCAUGGCAAACCCAAAUCGAAGCCCCCACCAGUCAACAGCACUCUUAACAUAUCAUCCCUCUCAACGUUGGGAGAAAUUUCCCUUCGUCCCGAGUUUUCAUCGACUCUUCUAGGAACACCAGAAAAACAGACGUCGCAAACCAAUCCAAGUAUUACUCCAAGCGAUCCCGUCAAAGAUCCACCCUCGCAAUCAGCUUUCCAACCGUCACCUCGCUUGAAAGCCAUAUACAGCCAGGACAUGAUAGUAGAGCCACCAUCAUCAGCCAUAACACCACUCCCCCCGGAUUUCCUCCUAGGCCAGAGCAGUCGGAACAGCAAACGGAGAAGCUCACUGCUCCAGCUCGACCAGUUGCAAACGUCUCCGUCCGGUAAGCUGGAGUCGCUGGUUAUGAAAGCGAAAGCAGCGGCCACCACAACGGCGAUGAGCUACAGAAUGCCGAAAAUCAGCAUAACCACACCGGAGGAGAUUGAUUCUGGAAUUGGUGAAGCGAUCAAGGCGCAGGAUGUGGAAGGAAUGGGUAACUCACUGGAGGACAAUUGUCUGGAUGAUUUGGAGCGAACGCUGCAUUCGCAGGCCCAAGACACCUCGUUGGAUGAUCUCUCGAAAACACUCGUGGCGCUGGGAAUGAGCCAGUUAACGCUCACAUCGCCCCCGAACGGCUGCAUCACCGAUGAUCCUCAUCAUCCGGCUCCGGCUGUUUCAGUGCAAACUAUGGACGAGGAUCUAUUCAAUGUGAGUGAUGGUAUUUUAACUGAUUUUGAUUGAAAGUUACUUUUGUUGUUCAGUGAUUUAUUUACUCAGAAAACGUUUGUAAAUGUAUGUAGUAGGAAUGCAAAUAUACGCUUCAAUUUUAUGCGAUUAA